ACUGGAUCUACAACUGCCAGUCCAACUGGAACCUCCACAACUGGCAGCCCUACCGCUUCCAAGGUUUGCUACCCCGAAGUUAUCCUGGAAGAAGAGGACUUUGAGGACAAUGAAUCAUCCGAUUCGUGGGUUGGCGGCACUCUUUACGACAGCGAAGUGGGCUCUCAGCUCCUGGGCUUGUUGGGACAAGGCAACAGCGAAGUCUCCAAAGAGUUUGACAUCCCCUUGUUGUCGGAUGGAUCCCAACCAACAGAGGCAAGCUCCGUUACGGUUGAGUUUACUCUGUACCAGGUCGGUGACUGGAGUCCGACUGAUAGUGUCUUUGUGCAGGUCAAUGAUGUGAGAAUUGAGCUCGGAGACAUGGACGAUGGAAGUGACAGCGAGCCCGAUUCAGGAGAAGAGGGAGGAAUUACCUGGGAGCGCACUACUACCCAGCAGGGAAUCAGUGUCAUUGACGAGGACAGCAACGAAGAGAACCCAACGGACAAGAAGCACGUUGUGCUGCUGACCAUUCCCUCUGAUGUCUUGGAGGACAACAAAUUGACAUUGGAGUUCCGAACCUUGACAUCCAAUCCAAUCUCCGAGCAGAGUUCUGGAAUUGAUGACUUGGUGAUCACUGGUUUCUACGUCUGUGAGAAGACACUGUCCCCAUCAGCCGUCACUGCCAGUCCAACCGGAACCUCCACCACAAGCAGCCCACCGGAACCCUCCACUACACCCGGACCAACCUCCGGCCACUGCAACUCCUGGUCCCACACCCACUACAACAACUCCUGGACACCCCUGGCUCUACAACUUGCCAGUCCAACUGGAACCUCCACAACUGGCAGCACCUACCGCUUCCAAGGUUUGCUACCCCGAAGUUAUCACUGGAAGAAGAGACUUUGA